AUGAUUAACAGCCGAGAGAUCCUGGGCGAGACCUUGGAAAAGUUACAGCAGAUUCCAAAGGCCUGGCGGGUCGGAGAGCUAAGGAUUCAGCCCUGCCAGGAGGCCUUGUCGCCCUUGGGGCCCCUCAUGAGCGGUGCCGCCUUCCACGAGAUGCACUGGGUGCUGCAGCUGCUGCCCAGCCUGGGAUCUGCUGCUCAGGACCCUUGGAAGUGGCGAAACAUCUGUGUCUCCCUGGUGCACAGCCUGCUCACAGGGGCUGGGGCGCUGCUCCGGUGAGGGGCUUCGGGAGGCGCUUGGAUGAGGAUGGGGGCCGACCCCAUUCAUGGCAUCGCGCCCUGGGCCUUGAUGCUGGUGGCUGUACCUCUAGGUUGUUUCCUGGCUGAUAGAGCUGACAUGCUGUGGAAGCAGACCUUGGGCCAGGCCUGGGACCUUCUCCGUCACCAUUUGCUUUAUGUCUCCUGCCUCAGCACCAUCGUUCUCUCUGGCCACUAUGCUGGCUUCUCUGUGGUAUCUCUCCUCCUACAGCUAAAGUCCUCUACCUGCCUGCACCUAAGAAGUUGCUACUGCUUUCCCACCAGCCCUUCCUUGGCCUUCACUGUGGCCAGCUGGGCCACGUUGGCCACCCUGGCCCUUUUCUGCCUGGUACCCCUGGGGUGGAUGGGUCUGUGGUUCAUCCAGCAGCACCAUCAGGUACCUCCUGCUCUGGUUGUCCUUGGUGGAACUGGGCCAGCCACUGUGGGAGCUGUGAGCAUCACGCUAGGUGUUUGCAUUUUGGUCAGUGAUGCCCUAUGGCCUUGGCCUCAUUCACCCAUCCUGGGCACCAGGACAUGUGAUGGGGAGCCUGUCACCAGGGAUGAUUCCCCUUUCAACCUGAAAGACUAGAGAGAGGCCUCGGGUUCCUCUUCUGCCAGUCUUGGGAAAGGUAAGACCAGGACAAGGAGAUGGCGGUCUUCAAUGCACAGCCCCCCGUUAGGACUGGACUGGAUUUUCAGUAUCCCAGUUCCUCUUUCAGCUAAUUCAAACCCCUCCCCCAUUCCUAGGAUCUGGGAAGAAAUGCUAAUGGUCAUGAGUGGGUGAAAAUCUGGGCUAUUGUUCACUGAAUUUCAUCAUCAGAUAACCAACUGUCCUUUCUAGAAAACUAAUGCUACCAGAGGUACAGCCAGUGCUACCAAUAAAGUGUGGGAGGAGGCAUGAGACUGCAGAAACCCUUUGCUUUAGCAUCAGGACCGAUGAGGGAAGGUGAAGUUCUACCAGUAUUAGAUCUGAUAUGGAGGGGGUGAGACCAGAGGAAAGAGAGGCCUCACAUAUGACCCAAUUCUGGCAGUGACAGGGGAACACACGGUGCUGUCCAUAGCCAGUAGUUAUUAGACAUACGGCUGCCACGAGACCAGAGACCCUGGUUGUAGUGAUUGCUGCUGAUAUUUCUGUUUCUCAAAACCUCACUAUAUUGUGUUUAUACUUAACCUAAGUUCUACUGUUUCCAGCAUCUGCUUUUUCAGUUUCUUUAGUAU